GUGUGUGUGUGUGUGUGUGUGUGUGUGUGUGUGUUCGUGUGUUCGUUGAAAAAUUUAAAUAUGGAAGACAGUCCAGAAUGUAAUGUUUUGUCUUAUUAAUUGAGAAAUUUCCAGCAAUCUAUGACAACACAAGUCAGGAAUAUUCAAACAGAAAUGUCCAAGAACUUGCAUGGGAAAAAUUGCAAAAGAAAUAAAGGCAACAGUUGCGGUUUGCAAAGAACGAUGGAAGAACUUACGAGGAUCUUACACACGAUACUUAAAAAAAUGUACGCCUUCUGGUUCUGCUGCCAAAAAAACGCGACCUUACUACCUCGCUGAAUACAUGCAAUUUCUCACGCCAUUUACUAAAUCCAGGCCAAUGAAGAGUAGCUUAGAACCUUUACCGCAACAAUCUAUAGACUACUCCUGUGACAGCAAUAGCGGCGAUAACGAGUCACAAUGUGAAAAUGAGGAAGAUAAUGAAUCCCAGCAUUUAAUGGCUUUAGAAAAUGAGCCGCCUCUUCUGUCACCGACCGAGAGCCAUUAUUCGACUCGUGACGAUACUUGAUCCAGUGUGCACAAUUCCCAGCAGAUCUCAGUAGCCAAAAAAUCUCGUAUAACCCCUAAAACUGCAGUAUCGUUAGAACAAGUGAAUAAAUCCGCACUGGAAUACUUUCGGUCUAAAAAGAUGUCUGUGGAAAAAGCAUCGGCCAUAACACCAUAUGAAGACCCAGACAUUUCCUUCCUAAUGAGCAUGGUACCUGACAUGAAAAAAAUGAACGAAAACCAAAAAAGGCUUUUUAAAAUUCACAUGUUGUCAACGGCUGGCAAUAUUUUGGAAGAAAAUAUAAGUAGUUCCAGCACUUCGUGUAAUAACGAUGGAUUAUUAACAGAGCUGAGGACAGUAACUGAGCCCACAACUUCAACCCAACAACCUUUAUUGGAGUUUUUGAACUUCCAGCGACCAGGGCGCUUUUAAUAUAUCUUUUAUGU